AUGACCGUUUCUGCUGGUUCCCAUUCUUGUUCUUGUUCUGGCGGCUCGGUGGGUCUGACAAAACGUUGUGGACACACAAAAGAGCAGAAAGAUGUGACAGAUGGAUGCACUAUACAUAGUGAAGUCAGUCCACGGGAAGGUGCGAGAGGGUCUAAAAGUGCUCUUACAGCUACUAGCAUGUUUCAGAACUGUAUCUUGAGUAUCUUCUAUGCCACAUUGGACCAUAUACCUGCUGUGGUGUGGCAGGUUCUGCAUUUAAUAUCGGACAUUUAUUUAUUCUGGGUUUAUAAGCUGCUGAACUAUCUGCGCCCAAAUUCACGAGUGUUGUACCACGAGGCAAGCAAAGACUUGGCUCAUUGCACCACGUACGCAGAAUGGCAUACCAAGGCGGCAACAGUUGACGAGAUAACUGGGGCCAAUCUCUGGAGAAGGAAUUUCUUUUCAGGCAGAUACGACUUCAAUUCGGUGCUGGAGCAGCACGCAUACCUGCUAGCGGCUUUAGAAAGCAAUAAUAUUGAAGCAAUCAAGGACAAGUUCUCCACGACAGGACCGUCUAUGCUGCGGAAUUUCGCUGGAAUUGUGGACAGGAGACUCUUCACCAAAUCCUUGAUAGGAACCAAAGUACUCAUCGAACAGUACUUGGAAAGGGUGAUUGAUGGCCUAGACCUGCUGGAUGCAGCUGGCACACCUACAACUUUUUUCCAGAGGUGUAAGCUUUCACUGGGCACCACGGCGCUUAUUUUACAAGGUGGAUCACUCUUCGGAAUGUUCCACUUAGGAGUCAUCAAAGGUUUGCUGGAUCAAAAUCUCAUCCCCAAUGUUGUCAGCGGCAACUCUAUGGGAGCCUGCAUUGCAAGUCUCUUUGCAAGCAUGUCCAAUCAAGAUUUAGCUGGUCUCUUGUCUGGUGAGAAUAUUAUUAAUAUGAUUAAAAUGGAUGUUGAAUUACUAAGAAGCUGCGGGUACGGCAAUGUUGAUCAGCAUUUAAAUUUAGGCUCUCUGAUACAAAACCUGAUUCAUCAUGGGUAUUCUCAAGACAUUUACCUUUUUAUUCAAUUCGUGCUAAAAUAUAUUGUCAAGGAUUUAACUUUUGAAGAAGUUUUCCAAAAAACAGGUAAAGUGCUAAGCAUCGUUAUCCAUCCAACAGAUAAAUCGUGCCCCAACCUGCUCAAUUAUGUCACAUCCCCCAACGUAUUGAUAAGCUCAGCCAUCCAUUGCAGUCUUGGGUCUGGAGUAAUAUCGACAGAUACGAAACUAUUAUGCCGAAAUCUGGAUAACGAAAUCGUUUCAUUUUUAUCGGCAGAAAAGACUGAGGUUACAAAAUUCUUAGCUCCCGAGAAUGCCAGUGUAUUGAAUGAAGGCGAGAGUCCGUAUACCAGAUUAACCGAACUUUUCAAUGUUAAUAAUUUCAUAGUAUCAUUAGCACGGCCUUACCUAGCACCAUUAGUUGUUAAUGAUUUAAAACAUGAGAUUAAAACUUCAAGAUAUUACUAUUAUAAACACUAUCCAACGUCUCCUGGUGCGGUUGACCUUUCUGAUCUUGGAUUUCCCCAGAUAAAUUUCACAGAAAUGGAACCCCUGGCAUAUAAAUUCAAAUAUCAUCUAGAAAGAAAGUUGAAAAAUAUAGCAACUAUGGAGUUUAGACACAGAAUGGAGGUUAUGGAUAAUCUGGGUUUAUUGUCAUCUUGGAUUAAAAGACUUACGAUUGACGAAAAGACGCCGAGAUCGGCAACAGAAAUAACGAUUGUCCCCAGCAUGCGAAGUUUGUCCUUAACGAGAAUAAUUGAAGGUCAACUUGGCAACAUCCCAUACGGUAUUACUUGCGGUGAGCAAUGCACUUGGCCAGUUCUCUCACUAAUCAGAACCAGAACAUCUGUAGAAUUCAAGCUUGAUCAGAUUAUCAGGGACAGGAAAAUAAACUAA